CCAGGAAUAAAACUGCCUUGCCCCUGAUAACGUCGGUCUUGCACUUCUGAAACUUUCGAUUACCGAUCCCCCCAGCCGCACCUAUCGACAUCGAACGCCACACACGGACAGUCUUGAACCUGGUUCAAACUCAUCACCAUGGCUCAAGUCGUCCCCUCCCUUACCUCGCUGCCGAUAGACUCGACAGCAGCGCCCUCGGUGGAAGACAUCCAAGCCCGUCUGCCUUCCAUCUGCGUCGACUAUCUCUCGCACGAUUGGGCCGAGGAAGACGUCUGGGCGAGUUGGAGGUCGAUGACGAGGCAUAAGAACGAGAUCGCCAACGGGGUCAGGCUGGAAAAUGCUAGUUGGAGGACGUGGUGGAAACAGAGGAACAAGCUCAAGACGAUCAGUCCGGAGACCUUGAAUUGGCUGAAAGACUCGGACGUCACCUGGCUGUAUGGGCCAUUACACACUGCCGUCGAACCCGUCCCACCGCCCAAGGUCGCCACAGCCGAAGAACGUCUGGGUCUCUCCCGAGCCGAUAGCGGAACCGUCAACGGCGUCCCGACGAAACCCAUCCUCAAACACAGGACAUUAUCGGAAAUGUUGUCCAUCCCGAACCCGUCAUCGCCCAUCCUCGAGGCCGUUCGAGCGGAAGAGGUGGACGAUCACGAUCUGGACGAGUCGAGGCCGAUCUUGUUGCACACCAAGAGUGACACCAAUAUCGUCACCAAGGGGCAUCAUCAGCGACGUAAAUCGCCACCCCGAGGUCCCAUCACAUCGGGAAGCAGGACCCCGCAGGACAACCCGUCGAGCGGUCAGAGGACGCCCGUCGAGGGCGUCUUGCCGCCUGCACAAGCCAGCAAGAAGCACAUCAGCUUCAACACGUUUGUCGAACAGUGCAUCGCCGUCGAUGACCCCGAGGAGAUCCCGGGUAUCGAAGGUACGGCAAUCGACGAGCAGGAUGAGGACGACGACGAGGACGAUGACGCCGUGCUCGAGAUGAGGAGCAUGUCAUCCGCCAGUUCGUCCGCCCGGUCCAACUCGAUCAGAUCCAAUUCGACCCGAUCGUCCCGCCCCUCGCUGUCUAGGCAGGGAUCGUCGUCCUCCCAGCCGGACCAUAUGACCAUCGCCAAAAUUGCACCGACGAUGCUCAAGACCAUGGGCGACUUCCCUAGCCCCAGCCCUCAGCUGGCUUAUGCGCCGACGGGCGAGUAUGCAGAGCGACAUGGUGGAGGGGACGAAGAUGACGUUCAUGACGAUGAGCAAGUGGACGCCGCGUACAAGCAACAGGCUUCGAGCGGAUACCCUGUGGGUAAUGCCAAGGGCGGUGAUGUCGACGGGGUGUCACCUGAGCCCGUCACUUCGCCAACCUGGGACGACGAAGACGAUUACGCCGUCGGUUUCGACUACUUUUCUGGACCCGAUCUAGGGGUCGGGGACGAGUAUGAUACCGCCGCCAAACGGGGCGGGGCGGGAACCAGGACGGUCCAGACGCACCUCGGAGGUGGGGCUUCGUAUGGCAAGCAACAGGCUGCCACCGUCGGUCAGGCCCCGCAACAACCCAAAUGGAGGUCGUCGUCAUCGGGAACCUCUAGCUCGUCGACUUCGGGUACGGCCUCGCCCAACACCAAGACGCCAACGUCAUACUCGCCCAACAAGGUGUCGUCUCCCACCUCACCCGAGAACGCAGGGAUCAGCUCGCCUCCUCAGCCCGGACGAAGCAUCCUCAAGAUCAGGACCCCUGGUUCCCAGCAGCCGUACUAUGAAGAGACCAGCCCGACUAACAGUCAUUUCAACUGGAAACCUUCGGCCGCGACCGGUCAAGGUGGCCUGGAACAGGGUGUCCGUCGGGUGAUCAAGGAGCCCGUCGCUGGGUCGUUGCCUUCGUAUGACGUCAACGAUUCAUACUUUGGUCAGACGGGGAGUGGAGGAGCUGGUAACGAAACGCCCCCCUUGCAACCUUUGGUCAGCACCGAAAAGGCAUCCGGUUCGACAUCUCCCGGACGGGAUGGCGAGUCGCGAGGCAGGUCGGCCGUAAGGACCGGGGUCAACAUUGCCGAGCGAUCAGCCAGUCGAGGUACGGGAAGCGCUGCAGCGACGUCUAUCUCGCCCAGUUCGUCCCGGAUGGCGGCCCAGCCGCCUACGAAUGCCAAAUCGUCCAGCAAAUCGUCAACAGCCACUGCCGAUGCUUCGGGUCCCAAGUCGCCACCUUUGGCCACGGACAAGCCUUCGGCACCCCAAGUUCAACGACCAGUCGGCCUGGGCGGUACAAUGCCCAAGGACAGCGUUGCCAUGAUGAAGGAAGAGAAGGCAGAGAAGGCGGCGGCGCCAGAAGACGAGGUCGAGUCGGAAGAGUACGUCCCGGACCGUGGCAGUACGCCGACGCCGCAUUCUUCACCUCAGGUCGCGAUACGGCCACUAGUCGACACAUCCCCGGCCUCGCUUCCACACGCGCAGACGGUGCAUGUACCAGGCAAGAAGCAGGCUAGUGGAAGUGUUUCGGCGGCAGAACAAUCGGCAUCGACAUUAAAGGCUCAGAAUAAUGUAACAUCAAUCGGAAGGCGACAUCAGCGAGGAGCAUCCAUGCCGAGCGGCAGUAGUGCUGGACAGACGGGAGGAUCGGGCGGAUAUUUCAAGUCGAGCUUGAAUCAGCAGCAUGGUCGGGGAGGAGACGAGGGGGACGGUAGUUUGAUGAGUAAUCUUGCGACGACGGCCAAAGAUCUCUUUGGAGCGCUGUGGACGUAUGGCGGGCAACAGAACAACGCAGGGACGCCCACUUCGGAAAACGGCGAUUCGAAACGGGAUUCCAACAAGGAUUUCUCGUCGGAUGCCGCUUGAUCGAAAACCAG